CCGACUGGGCCCAAUGAUUUCGGGAAGCCCUGGUGGCAGGGGACGCGCUAUGAAGUGGGUCGGCUGUCCGCCCAGACCCGGAACAUCCGGAUCAUUAACACACUCACGUCGCAGGAGCACACACUGGAGGUGGGGGCCCUAGAAUCAAUGUGGGAAAUCCUACACCGCUAUCUCCCCUAUAAUGCACAUGCUGCCAGCUACACAUGGAAAUAUGAAGGGAAGAACCUGAACAUGGAAUAUACCCUGGAAGAGAAUGGGAUCCUGGAUGAGGAGGAAGAAUUUGAUUAUCUCAAUAUGGACGGUACACUCCACACACCUGCAAUACUGCUCUACUUCAACGAUGACCUCACAGAGCUAUAGGAAAGGAGAUAUGUGCUUAUGUAGACUCAAGACAUAUUUUGAAUUUGGCUGUUUCUGUGCCCUGUAGGAAAAGAGAUGGGGUUGGGGUGGGGGAGUGCCUGGACCGAGACCUCCAUUCUACUCUGGGAAUUGACCUGUGGUUCCCAUGCCCUUAUGAAAGAUAAAGGCCCUAUUUCACAGGUCCAUUAUAAUUUACUCUGAGAAAAUUAGGGAGAAUAUUAGAAGUUAAUUUUUUAAAAUGAUACAAGAAGACAAAAUAUCUUGGACUAAGGAGAUGUAGAAGAGGAUAGAGUUCAGGUAGAACUUUUUUUAAAAUAUAUUUUUAUUGAUUUCAAAGAAGAAGGGAGAGGGAGAGAGAAACAUCCAUGAUGAGAGAAAAUCAUGGAUCGGCUGCCUUCUGCAAGUCCCCCACUGGGGAUCAAGCCCACAACCUGAGCAUGUGCCCUUGACAGGAAUCGAACCUGGGACCUUUCAGUUCGCAGGCCAAUGCUCUAUCCACUGAGCCAAACAGGCUAGGGCUCAGGUAGAACUUUUUGAUAAUAAGAGAAAGAGAAAUCCUAUACAGGGAUGAGGGAUGGAAUGACUUUUUUUUGGCAAUGAUGGAAAUGGGAUGGCUGCAGGAAGAUGGUGUUUACAAAGACAGGAAUAGGAAAUAUCUAUCAUUGGCCACACAAAACUGGCUAAUCUCCCUUCUGAAUAGUAUUUGCCAGCUGAAACCCAAGGGGAAGAAAGGAAGUGAAUGGUUACCAGGGAAUUCAUUCAGUUUAGAUAUUAUAUUAUGUGCUUUAUACACUGUUUAGUAUAACUACACAUUACCACUAUUUUACAGAUAAGUCUUUUGUAGUUUAGCAAGAUUUAAUAGAACUAAGGCCGUCUGGUUAGUCUUCAGGAGGUAAACCUAAGUCUGCUCAACGUCCUUGUUCUUUUCAUUGUAAAGGGAAUAU